CCACCUCUUUCCUCCAUCAAUGCUCAACAAACGGCGGUCUCUUGAGAGGGAAGAAGAAUACGAAGAUGCAGCGGGAGGGAAGAAGGGAUUGCUGGGAAGAAGAGAUUAAAGAGAAGACUGCAGUUGAACGAGUGCGUAAGCUGGUAGAGGAGGAUGCGGUGGUAUUGUUCAGCAAAAGUGGGUGCUGCAUAUCCGUGGCGGCGAAGGCCCUCUUGUCCACCUUGGGAGCGCAUCCCACCGUCCAUCAACUGGAUAAAGAAGACGAUGGAGAGGAGAUGGAGGGCGCUCUGCUCACAAUGCUCGCUGAUCCCCCCGCCGUCCCUGCUGUGUUCAUCGGUAGAAAGCUGGUGGGAGGGAUGGAGCAGCUUAUGAGUUGUCACAUCACAGGUUCUCUGCUCCCUCUCUUGAAGGAAGCCGGAGCCCUGUGGUUCUGAAUCCCUCCAACCCUUAAACCCAAAUUCUGGAUGCCUUCUCAAUCACUAUGUUAUGCUCAUGCCGUCUAAUGUUUUCGGUUCUCCAAUGUUUUAUCACCGUUUCUUAACUGCCUUUAACAGCAGUUCUUUUUCUAACGAGUGCAGCUAUAUAAUGUAAUCUUCGAAUUUUGUGGCUUUCCGCCAUGGAAUAUCGUCUCUUAUGACAAUCGGAAGAAUCCAUGGAAGGAAAUUCUUGCAUUAUUGCAGUGCAGACGCAAUUUCUGUUAACCGUUUUCCAAGGCUUAACAGAUCUGAAGUGUUUUGCAAAUAUUAAGUCGUGAACAUACUUUCUAGGGUUUUGUAGACUUGCAAAGUCAAACACAACGUUGUUUCUUCGUGAUCAGCUAAUAAUAACAAAUAUUAUUUAAUAUGA